CAAAGAACUGGAGCUGCACGUACUCAAACCACCACCGAAGGAGGAAGUUCGCGGUCAAAAACAGAAAAUUAUUUGCCCGUUUUUACAACUUCGUUAAUAAAAACGCUCACAACAGCUCUGGAAACUAUCUGUACCCCUAUACCGAUUCACUGGAGCAGCUCAUGCAAAAACUUCAUGAUGAAAACCGAGGUAUCUACUGCUGCUAACUUUGUCACACGUCUGUUGAGGGGAACGGGACUGCUUUCAGAAGAACAGCUGCAACAAUUCAGAUUCUCUUUGGAAGAAUCUUUAGGGGAUCAUUAUCAGCACCAUUGGUUCCCAAACGCACCUUGCCGAGGUUCGGGUUACAGGUGCAUCCGGAUCAACCAUAAGAUGGACCCUUUGAUAGGCAAAGCGGCCUGUACGAUCGGACUCACAAAAGAGCGACUCUUUUCACUGCUUCCAAGUGAACUCACCAUGUGGGUUGACCCGUAUGAAGUGUCCUACCGGAUUGGAGAGGACGGGUCCAUAUGUGUCCUCUAUGAGUCCACGCCACCGCCGGACACAAAUCAGAAGGACAGCUGCAAAGACGAACUGAGAAUCGGACAGUCGACUCCGUCCAAAUCCUUCGGGAUGAUGACUUGCUCCAGCUGAAGAGUGAUUCUGUCUAAUGAGCUGUGUGUGACCAUUAAAUCAGGCAUUGCUCACAUUUGAUUUCUUUUUAAAUCUUUUUUUUUAAAUCAAUGGUGAAAUCUCCAUCCUAUUGACCUCACGGUGAAAACAAAUGUAUUUUGAUUAAAUGUAUGUUUUAAGCUCCCUGUACAGUCAUGUUGAAUAUGUUUUUUUAAAUUUCUAUUAAAAAGGUUUUCUAUGAAUUUCUAAAAAAAAAAAAA